AUGGAUUCAUUUAUUAAAAAAGGACAAGAUUUCGUCAAGUCAGGUAAAGUCACACAAGAAGACGGCAAGGACGCUUACCAAGACUUUUCAAAAGGUGGCAAUUUCCAAGACAAUGCCAAAAAGGCAUACUCUGACUAUCAAGAGAACCACAAGGAUGACAAAAAGUCCGAGUCAAAAGAAGCUAGUAAGUAA